UUUCCUAUUUUUCGCCCUUCACGUAUUUGGUAUUUGGGAUUUGAUCAUGGAGAGCUUUGCGCUCAAGCGGAUUGCCGCUGUCGCCAGCCAUCUCACUCCCACCGCGCCGCCACCGCAGCAGCAGCAAGCGCUCUCCAUGGAGGCCACCGCCAGCGCCGCUGCUGCAUCGGUGUUUGACCAUCUGGAGCAGGCGCCCGAGGAUCCCAUUCUAGGGAUAACUGUGGCAUACAACAAGGAUCCCCAUCCCGGGAAAGUAAAUCUUGGAGUUGGAGCUUAUCGCACUGAGGAAGGCAAGCCCCUCAUAUUGAAUGUGGUCCGACGUGCUGAGGAGCGUCUUCUAGCUGACCGCUCCAAGAACAAGGAAUAUCUGCCCAUUACUGGCCUUGCAGAUUUUAAUAAGCGAAGUGCGAUGCUCAUUCUUGGGAGCGACAGCCCCGCUGUUGUGGAAAAGAGGCUGGUAACUGCACAAUGUCUUUCUGGAACGGGCUCCUUGCGUGUAGGAGCCGAGUUUCUUGCAAGACAUUAUGGUGUGAAGCUGGUCUUUCUUCCCACCCCGACAUGGGGAAACCAUUUUAAGGUUUUUAUGAAUGCUGGACUCGCUGUUAAAACUUAUCGUUACUACGACAACAAAACCCGCGGCCUUGACUAUGAAGGUAUGCUCGAAGAUAUUGGUGCCGCGCCGAGCGGCUCGGUCAUUCUCUUGCAUGCCUGUGCUCAUAACCCCACCGGGGUGGAUCCAACACCACAGCAGUGGGAAGGAAUCCGGCAGGCAAUCCGGAAUAGGGGACAUUUACCAUUUUUUGACAGUGCUUAUCAGGGGUUUGCAAGUGGUAGCUUGGAUAAGGACGCGCUUGCGGUUCGAACCUUUGUAGCUGAUGGCGGAGAGUGCUUCAUUGCUCAAAGCUUUGCUAAAAACAUGGGACUUUAUGGUGAACGCGUUGGAGCUCUCAGCAUUGUCUCGAAAUCUAGUGGAGUUGCAACGAGGGUCGAAAGCCAGUUGAAGCUCGUCAUCAGACCAAUGUACUCAAAUCCUCCCAUUCAUGGGGCUUCAAUCGUCGCGCUUGUCCUGGGUGACGGUGAUCUCUUUUCAGAAUGGACUGUGGAGCUGAAAGGCAUGGCGGACCGAAUCAUUAGCAUGAGGCAUAAGCUCUACGAUGCUUUACGAGCUCGAGGGACCCCUGGAGAUUGGACGCACAUUCUCAAACAGAUAGGAAUGUUUUCCUUCACAGGCCUCAACAAGGAGCAAGUGCAGUUCAUGACGAGAGAAUACCGCAUCUACAUGACACUAGACGGACGCAUCAGCAUGGCCGGCCUGAGCUUGAAAACGGUACCAUUGCUCGCGGACGCAAUUCAUGCUGCCGUUACAGGGGCCAAGGCGUAACGUCUCGCAAAGGCCAUAGAAUUUUGCCAAUAAAAGCCUCUUUUUUCAGAUCAAGCCAGAGGACUCGGCAAUCAAGUCUGGAAUCUUAGCGAGGUCCUCCUCAAUUC